AGGGGGAGAGAGAGAGAGAGAGAGUGAGAGAGUGAGACUAGUGUGUGAUAGUAGAGAGGAGAGAAGAGGGGUUUUUGCUAGGGCUACCCAACUCCGCCAUUGAAGAUGAGCGUCUGGAACUACGUCGUCACGGCCCACAAGCCCACCAACGUCACCCAUUCCUGCGUCGGCAAUUUCACCGGCCCUCAGGAGCUCAAUCUCAUCAUUGCGAAAUGCACACGGAUUGAAAUUCUUCUACUUACUCCUCUGGGUUUGCAGCCUGUCUUGGAUGUGCCGAUAUAUGGACGAAUUGCAACCCUUAAACUUUUUCGGCCACAUGGUGAAGCCCAGGAUUUUCUGUUUAUUGCAACAGAAAGAUACAAGUUUUGUGUCCUUCAGUGGGAUGUUGAAACGCAGGAGCUUAUUACCAAGGCAAUGGGUGAUGUCUCAGAUCGUAUAGGUCGUCCUACAGACAGCGGUCAGAUUGGUAUAAUAGAUCCAGAUUGCAGAUUAAUUGGACUUCAUUUGUAUGAUGGCUUGUUUAAGGUUAUUCCUUUCGACAAUAAAGGGCAGCUGAAGGAAGCAUUUAACAUUAGGCUUGAGGAACUUCAAGUUUUAGAUAUCAAGUUUCUUUAUGGUUGUUCAAAACCCACAAUUGUAGUUCUUUACCAGGAUAACAAGGAUGCCCGCCAUGUCAAAACAUAUGAGGUUGCUCUGAAGGAUAAAGAUUUUGUCGAGGGUCCUUGGUCACAGAACAACCUUGACAAUGGGGCUGAGUUGUUAAUACCAGUUCCUCCACCACUAUGCGGUGUUCUAAUUAUUGGAGAGGAAACAAUUGUUUACUGCAGUGCCAAUGCAUUUAAAGCAAUCCCCAUAAGACCGUCCAUCACAAGAGCCUAUGGAAGAGUGGAUGCAGAUGGUUCUAGGUAUCUACUUGGUGAUCAUGCUGGGCUACUUCACCUACUUGUUAUAACCCAUGAGAAAGAAAAGGUGACUGGACUCAAGAUUGAGCUCUUGGGUGAAACAUCAAUUGCAUCUACAAUCUCUUAUCUUGAUAAUGCAUUCGUCUAUAUUGGAUCAAGCUAUGGGGACUCACAGCUUAUAAAGCUGACUCUACAGCCGGAUGCAAAAGGUUCAUAUGUCGAAGUUUUGGAAAGGUAUGUCAACUUGGGGCCAAUAGUUGACUUCUGUGUGGUUGAUCUUGAGAGACAAGGCCAAGGCCAAGUAGUAACUUGCUCUGGUGCUUACAAAGAUGGUUCUCUUCGUGUUGUUCGAAAUGGAAUUGGAAUCAAUGAACAGGCAUCAGUUGAGCUUCAAGGUAUCAAGGGAAUGUGGUCAUUAAGAUCGUCCACUGAUGAUCCACAUGACUUCUUUCUGGUUGUUAGCUUUAUCAGUGAGACACGUAUUUUGGCAAUGAAUAUGGAGGAUGAGCUGGAAGAAACCGAGAUACAGGGCUUCUCUUCUCAAGUGCAAACUUUAUUUUGCCAUGAUGCUGUCUUCAAUCAACUUGUGCAGGUCACUUCAAGCUCGGUAAGGCUAGUCAGUUCUACAUCUAGGGAUCUAAAGAAUGAGUGGCAUGCUCCAGCAGGCUAUUCGAUUAAUGUAGCAACAGCUAAUGCCACCCAGGUUUUAUUGGCAACUGGAGGAAAGCAUUUAGUUUAUUUAGAAAUUGUUGACGGGGUCUUGAUAGAGAAGAAGUAUGUACAGUUGGACUUUGAGAUCUCAUGCCUUGACAUAAACCCCAUAGGUGAAAAUCCUAAUUAUAGUCAGCUAGCAGCUGUUGGGAUGUGGACAGAUAUAAGUGUGCAAAUAUACUCUCUUCCUGAUCUGAACCGCAUCACAAAGGAGCAUUUGGGAGGAGAGAUCAUACCUCGUUCUGUUCUUCUCUGUACUUUUGAAGGGAUAUCCUAUCUGUUAUGUGCUCUUGGUGAUGGACACCUCUUAAACUUUACACUGAACACAACUACUGGCGAAUUAACAGACAGGAAGAAAGUCUCUCUUGGGACGCAGCCCAUUACACUCCGUACUUUCUCAUCUAAGAAUACUACUCAUGUGUUUGCUGCAUCGGAUAGACCAACUGUCAUCUACAGUAGUAACAAGAAACUGCUUUACAGCAAUGUAAAUUUGAAAGAAGUCAGCCAUAUGUGCCCAUUCAACUCUGCUGCCUUUCCAGACAGCCUUGCGAUUGCUAAAGAAGGUGAACUUACCAUUGGCACAAUUGAUGACAUCCAGAAGCUUCAUAUCCGUUCUAUUCCUCUAGGGGAGCAUGCACGCCGCAUCUGCCAUCAGGAGCAGUCGAGGACCUUUGCAAUAUGUAGUGUAAAAAAUAAUCAGACUGGUGCAGAGGAUUCUGAAACACACUUCAUCCGUUUGUUAGAUGACCAAAGUUUUGACCUCGUGACGUAUUAUCAACUCGAUGCUUUCGAGUAUGCUUGUUCCAUACUUAGCUGUUCCUUCUCAGAUGAUAGUAAUGUAUAUUACUGUGUUGGGACUGCAUAUGUUCUGCCAGAAGAAAAUGAGCCGACCAAGGGUCGCAUUCUGGUUUUCCUGGUCGAAGAUGGGAAGCUGCAGCUCAUUGCUGAAAAGGAAACUAAGGGAUCUGUUUACUCUUUGAAUGCUUUCAAUGGAAAAUUACUUGCUGCCAUCAAUCAAAAGAUACAGUUAUACAAGUGGACACUCCGGGAUGAUGGUACUCGUGAGCUGCAGUCUGAAUGUGGACAUCAUGGUCACAUACUUGCCCUCUACGUACAAACUCGUGGAGACUUCAUUGUUGUUGGUGAUUUAAUGAAGUCGAUUUCGUUACUAAUCUAUAAGCACGAGGAAGGUGCCAUCGAGGAGCGAGCCCGAGACUACAACGCAAAUUGGAUGUCCGCUGUAGAGAUCCUUGAUGAUGAUGUUUACCUUGGCGCUGAAAAUUUUUACAACCUCUUUACUGUUAGGAAAAAUAGUGAAGGUGCGACUGAUGAGGAACGGGGCCGUCUUGAGGUUGUUGGAGAGUAUCACCUUGGGGAAUUUGUCAAUCGGUUUCGGCAUGGUUCUCUUGUCAUGCGCUUGCCAGAUUCUGAUGUGGGCCAGAUUCCUACUGUGAUAUUUGGCACUGUUAAUGGCGUAAUUGGAGUUAUUGCUUCACUUCCUCAAGAACAUUACUCCUUUCUAGAGAAGCUUCAGACGAACUUGAGGAAGGUGAUAAAGGGUGUUGGAGGAUUGAGCCAUGAGCAGUGGAGAUCAUUCUGCAAUGAGAAGAAGACCUCAGACACCAAAAAUUUCUUGGAUGGGGAUCUUAUUGAGUCAUUCCUUGAUCUCAGCCGUGGGAAAAUGGAUGAAAUUUCAAAACAAAUGAGUGUUCCAGUGGAGGAGCUCUGCAAGAGAGUAGAAGAGCUGACAAGGUUGCACUGAUAGUGUUUUGAAUUGUUCUUUUAUCUCUCCCAGUCAUGCAACGCUGAGUGGCCGUUUUAUGUUUAACAUUUUCUUUUAGUUUCAGUACAUAUGUGUUGUCUUUGAUGCGCCAUUUGUAAAAUACUUCUGCCGGAAAUUUACUUCGAAGAUGCAUCUUUUGCGUUAUGUAGUAAAUUUCAAGAAGAGAAGAAAAAAUGAAUAUGCUUUAUCGUGAUUCUCGUAACUUGUGAGAUAGCCUGCAGCAUUUAACAGUUGUCACGCCCCCACACGAUGUUCUUGUUUGAGAAGGAGAGUGAUUUAUCAAGUUGAUAAGCUCUGUUAAUGUUGCAUGAGGAAGAAGAAUGUCGAAGGUACUGUUUGCGGUUGAGACAAUUCACAUUUGCUUCUUAUUCCUACUUUUUCUUUUGUU